GAACGCGCAUGUCAGGAUCGCUGCGGAGAUCCUGCUGCUGCUGCCUCGGCUGGCUCUCACGAUUAAUCGCGGGGAUGGUGUUGACAGCGAGGGGCGACGGACGGCCGCUUUUGCGCGUUUAAAUGCAUGUCCGGACCCGGUGAAAUUGCAUUUAUACGCGUCCCAACACAGAUUCUCCGCUGCCACCCCCCCCUCCUCCUCCUCUUCCUCCCAUAGGCCGUCCGUGAAGGAAGACGACGCCGCUGCCAGGCCGAGGACGACGUUAAUGCUACUGAUGGAAUUCCCAGCUAGAUGGAGAAACCGAGAGGGUGGACUCGUUAUAAAUAAUUAAAAAAAUAAAAUUAAAUAUAUAUAUAUAUAUAAACUCAUCUGCUGCUAAAAUAUUAGGACGAUGCAUCUGCACCAGGUGCUGACGGGAGCUGUGAACCCUGGAGACUGCUGCUACUCGGUGGGAAGCGUGAAUGACAUUCCUUUCACGGCCUACGGCUCUGGAUGUGAUGUGGUAAUCUUGGCUAGUGACUUUGAGUGCGUUCAGAUUAUCCCCGGAGCUCAGAAUGGAAACAUACAGGUGGGAUGCGUGGAGUGCUCCCACCAGCUUGGCAGGAUUGCCGCCUCCUACGGGAACACGGUCUGCAUCUUUGAACCUCUUUCUACCAACCCAAAUAAACGGCACAAGCAGCUUAACUAUCAGUGGCAAAAGACAGGACAGUUCUUCCUUGAUGCCAUCACCUACAACCUGGCCUGGGACCCACAAGGGAACCGUAUCCUAGCAGCAACUGAGCGGCUCCAGCUGUGGGCUCCUCCACCGACGGAUGCCCUAAUAGAGGAGGAGGAUGGGCAGAUGACUGACGACAAACCCCACCCUGUCCUCAACGACUGGACCUGCGUCUGGCAGUGCAAGACCGCUGCAUCUGUUCACGUUGCCAAGUGGUCUCCUGAUGGGGAGUACUUUGCAACAGUUGGGAAGGAUGACUGUUUACUCAAGGUGUGGUAUCCCACCACGGGCUGGCGUUCUGCCGUCGUGGUCCACGACCCGUCUGAUAAAAAGUCUGCUACUGUUAACUUCUCCUUCGUUUACCUGGCCCAUCCUCGCUCGGUCACUGGUAUGUCCUGGAGGAAGACCAGCAAGUACAUGCCCAAGGGCUCGGUGUGCAAUGUGCUGCUGACAUCCUGUGAGGACGGUGUGUGUAGGUUAUGGUCAGAGACUCUGUUACCUGAAGACAGUCUGCUUGGGGGGCAGAUCUCUGAGAACACGCACUCCUUCAGCUCCAGUCUGCCAGGCCUGGCAGGCAAUAAGGACAAGAUUCAGCAUGCUUUGGAGUCAAUCCACCACUUAAAACAUCUACGCCGAGGCAGGCGACGGUCCUCUGCACUGGUGGCGCACAGUGAGCUUCUGCCCUCUCAACUUGGCACCCAGGACGCACACACUCACCGCCACAUCGCUCAUCAUGCCAACGCCCUGUGUCACUUCCAUAUCUCAGCCAGUAUUAACCCCAACACAGACAUCCCAUCAGUGCUAGCUGACGCUGCAAUUUUCAACCCAGACGAUGGCACCGGUGGGGGAGGCUUCAUGGUUCACUGGCUCAACAACAAGGACCUCAGCUUCACUUCUUCCAUGGACCUCUUUAUGCUGCAGCUGCGGAAGUUCUCAGAGCAGCACCUCGACCACACUGCUGAAGACCCCCUGGACCCUGAAGGAUCUCCUAUGAAGUUUGACUUUGACCUGGAUGAGAUGUCUGACAAAGCAUCCUCUGAGCACGGAGAAGAGGGGGAGCCGGGGGAGCAGGGAAGCACCAAGGCAUCCUCCCCCGGGUCCAGCUCCAGCAUGCCUCUGCCCUCCAUGCUGCUAGAGAGGAAGAUGGAGACUUUGAUCACGGAGUGGAACAAGAGCCCAGACAUGCUGUUCACCAUCCAUCCUUCUGAUGGAUCUUUCCUGGUUUGGCACGUUAAAUACUUGGAUGAAUUCAACCAGGGCAUCUUCAGACAGGUUCAGGUGUCCUUCUCCUCCCGUAUCCCUGUUGCGUUUCCUACCGGUGAUGCCAACUCGCUGAGUAAAAACAUUCUGAUGUACGCCUGCACUUUGACUGAGGGUGAGAGCAACGCGGCAGGCGAGCAGGGCAGGAUGGUGUCCCACUCGGCAUCUGCCUCGGCUGGCCUGGACUCAAACGCUUUAUCCCCCUCACCCAACCCUUGCCCUGGCAUUAGUCCUGCUGUCAUGAUGGUCUCAAAGCACGUCGACGGAUCCCUCAACCAGUGGGCAGUGACAUUUGCUGAGCGCUCUGCCUUCUCCAACGUGCUGACGGUAUCUCACAAGUUCCGGUACUGCGGCCACCGCUUCCAUCUGAACGACCAGUCCUGUCACACGGUGCUGCCGCUGCUGCUGACCUCCUCUCACCACAACGCCCUGCUCACCCCUCCCUCAGCGCCUGGCAGUCUGGAAGGAGAGCAGCCUCCCACCCUUCCCCUACCAAAGGGACUUCCCAGGAAGCAGCUUCGCAACGCAGCUACACGGACCUUCCAUGAUCCCAACGCCAUUUACAGUGAGCUGAUUUUGUGGAGAGUGGACCACAUUGGACCUCUGUCCUGCACUGGAGGAGUCUCUGAACUGGCUCGUAUCAACUCUCUGCACACCUCUGCCUUCAGCAAUGUUGCUUGGCUGCCUACGCUAGUGCCCAGCUCUGUGCUUGGAUCUUAUUGUAAUAGUGCCAGCGCAUGCUUUGUUGCUUCCGAUGGUAAAAACCUGCGUCUCUAUCAAGCGGUGGUGGACGCCAGAAAAUUGCUGGAUGAGUUGUCAGACCCCGAAACGUCUAAACUGGUGGGUGAAGUGUUCAACAUUGUCAGCCAGCAGUCUACUGCCAGACCUGGUUGUAUCAUAGAGCUGGAUGUCAUUACAAACCAGUGUGGCGCCAACACGCAGCUGCUCCAUGUCUUCCAAGAGGACUUCAUACUAGGUUACAAGCCCCAGAAAGAACCAGAAGCAUACACCCCAGCAUUUCCAUCUGGCGAAGAUUACCAACCUCCUCCAUUUUCUGAAAAGUUCUUCCUGGUGGUGAUAGAAAAGGAUCUCAACAGGAACUCAGUCCUGCAAAUGUGGCACCUGCACCUCAAAUCUGUUCAAGCCUGUGUUGAUGAGCCGAGCCCAGAUUACAGCUGUCAGAGCCAGCUAAUGGUUCCCAAUCAACUUGUGAAUGCCGAGUCAUCUCCGGAAACCUCUCCCAUCAGACCCCUGCCACGCUCGGCUUCUACGGCCAAUUUGCAGUCGGCCAGCAAACUCAUCCUGAGCUCAAAGCUGGUGUACAGCAGGCGGCUUGACCUGCCCCACGGGGUGGAAGUUACUAGGGCUACACCUUCUGCAGGUCAUCUGAGUUCCUCCUCUAUCUACCCUGUGUGCCUGGCUCCGUACCUGAUUGUUACCACCUGCUCUGACUCCCGUGUGCGGUUUUGGCACUGUGCUGUGGAGGGCGAUGACGGGUGUAAUGGGGAUGACAAGGACAACCGGGUGUACCGCUGGGAGCCCUGGGCCCUGAUGAACGAGGAGGAGGACAACAACAGCUCUGUGUGUGUUUCGGGACGACCUGUAGCUGUGUCCUGCUCCUACAUCGGCAGGCUGGCUGUGGCUUUUAAACAGCCACGACAAGGACAGCUGCUCAGUUCUGCAGAGGACUUCUCUAUGCAUGUGUCCAUCUAUGAGUGCGAGUCCACUGGUGGCUCAGAGUGGGUUUUAGAGCAAACCGUCCACCUUGAUGACUUCACCAAACCCACAGCCACUCUGGAUCCAAGAGUCAGUGUGGACUCAAACCUCUUUGUCUACAGCAGGUCUGAUUUGUACAUGAGUAGAGACCACAGCUCCCCCAACAUUAAGCACUACGUACACCUGGACUGGCUGUCGAAGGAGGACGGAUCUCACAUCCUCACCGUGGGCGUUGGCUCCAAUAUUCUCAUGUACGGCCGCAUCUCUGGCAUGGUCAACGAACAGACCAGCAGCAAGGAGGGAGUGGCGGUCAUCACCCUUCCUCUAGGGGGCAGCAUCAAGCAGGGGAUCCGCUCACGGUGGAUCUUGCUUCGGUCCGUGUACCUCCUGUCAUCCGUGGACGGCACACCGUCCCUGCCGGUCUCCCUGUCUUGGGUAAGGGACGGCAUCCUUGUAGUGGGUAUGGACUGCGAAAUGCACGUGUAUGCCCAGUGGCAUCAGGACAAGAAGCCGGGCGAGGGAGAUGAGGGCAACCUAUCGUGUGCGGACAUUGCCGGAGGUCAAAUCACCGGGUCCUCCUCGGUGUUUGAAGGGAGAGCCAGGUCUAAGAGUGUGUUUGAGGGGAGUGCUGCGGUGGAUGAGGCCCUUCGUGCCCCAGCGGGACUUCAGGAAGGUGGACUGUUUGAGGCAGCUCACUCCCUGUCCCCGACUCUACCCCAGUACCAUCCCACCCAGCUGCUAGAACUCAUGGACUUGGGCAAGGUUCGCCGUGCCAAGGCCAUCCUUGCACACCUGGUAAAGUGUAUUGCCGGGGAAGUUGCUGUGGUGCGGGAUGUGGAGGCGGGCGAGGGCGGAGCCAGACGCCAUCUUUCUCGGACAAUCAGCGUGACCGGAAGCACAGCAAAAGACACCAUUGUGGCUGGCCGUGAUGGAGGCAGGGACUACACAGAGAUCAACUCCAUCCCUCCCUUGCCCCUCUACUCCCUCAUGUUGGCCGACCUGGACACCUCUUAUAAGGGAGUGGAAGAGUCCGCCAAGGGAGCUAAGAUGGCUGAUGGUGAGGGAGCCCAGAAGUCCUCAGAGGACCAGUAUGCUGACCUCUUCCAGGUGGCAGCAGUUACCACGGAUGACUUUGUGAACUUUGCCACCGAUAAACCAGAGAAAAAGUCACGCGUUAUCAACCUCUCUCAGUAUGGACCUACCUACUUUGGACCAGAGCAUGCGCAGGUGUUGUCCAGUCACCUCAUGCACUCCAGCCUUCCUGGACUGACCAGGCUGGAGCAGAUGUUCUUGGUGGCCUUGGCAGAUACGGUUGCAACCACCAGUGCCGAGGUCACAAGUUCCGCUGAUCAACAGUACACGGGUGGCGAAGCUCUCGAUGAGUGUGGGCUGAGGUACCUGCUCGCCAUGCGUCUUCACACCUGCCUGCUCACCUCUCUGCCCCCACUUUACCGCAUGCAGCUGCUCCACCAGGGCCUUUCCACAUGCCAUUUUGCAUGGGCCUUCCACUCAGAGGCGGAGGAGGAGCUGCUGAACAUGAUCCCGGCCAUGCAGAGAGGCGACCCGCAGUGGUCUGAGCUCAGAGCUGUUGGAGUGGGUUGGUGGAUACGCAACAUCAAUACCCUGCGCAAGAUGGUGGAGAAGUUAGGGAAAACUGCGUUCCAGAGGCACAACGAUCCCUUAGAUGCUGCUCUCUUCUACUUGGCCAUGAAGAAGAAAGCUGUCCUGUGGGGACUGUUCAGGUCUCAGCAUGAUGAGAAGAUGACUCAGUUCUUCAAAAACAACUUCACUGAAGACCGCUGGCGAAAGGCAGCGCUCAAAAAUGCUUUCUCUCUGCUGGGGAAACAGCGCUUUGAACAGUCCGCCGCCUUCUUCCUGUUGGCUGGCUCCCUCAAAGACGCCAUAGAGGUGCUGAUGGAGAAGAUGGAGGAUCUUCAGUUAGCCAUGAUCGUGGCGAGGCUGUACGAGGCCGACUUUGAGAAUUCGUCCACCUGCCAAGGUCUCCUGUAUGAGAAGGUCCUCGGCUGUAACAGAGACGGGAGUGGUUACCACUGUUCCAGACUGCACCCUGACCCUUUCCUCCGCAGCAUAGCCUACUGGAUCAUGAAGGAUUACACACGGGCCCUGGACACGCUGUUGGAGCGAAUACCCAAAGAGGAUGACGAGAACCCCGAUGUGAUGGUGAAAUCGUGCAACCCCGUGGUGUUUAGUUUCUAUAACUACUUGAGGACACAUCCUUUGAUCAUCCGUCGCCACUUUGCAAAUCCAGAAGGCACCGCAGCAACUGUGGGACUCACUGCAGAGAAGAGCAGCGCAGAUGAGAUCAACCUCAUAGAGCGCAAACUGUUCUUCACUACUGCCAAUGCACACUUCAAGGUGGGCUGCCCAGUUUUGGCUCUGGAAGUGCUCUCCAAGAUACCCAAAGUUAGCAAGAAAUCUGGCUCCUCGCCUCUCAGCAAAGCCUCCUCCAGGGCCAACUUAAAUGCAAACCAACCUUUGGAAAAUGGCACCCAGGGAGGUCUGGACUGGAGCACCCCAGCGGCACCUGCCCAAGCCUGGGGAGGCAAUGAUAGUGCUGGUGGAUUGGAUUGGAGCCAGCCUUUGGUCAAGGUGGAUGAAGACGACCUGAAGCUGGACUGGGGAGAAGACAAGGAAGAUGAUGAGGAUGAGGAUGAUGAAGACGAUGGUCUGACUAUGAAGAAACCAGAGCUGGAGAUCAAUGAAAGCUCAGGAAAUACUAGCCACAAACUGCAAAGAGAGGAUUCAAAGGGUGACUCCGAAGUGGACGUGAUCGCGGAGCAGCUGAAGUUCCGUGCCUGCCUGAAGAUCCUGAUGACAGAGCUGCGUACACUGGCCACGGGGUUCGAGGUGGAUGGCGGGAAGCUCCGCUUUCAGCUCUACAAUUGGCUGGAGAAGGAGAUAGCAGCUAUGCACAAGAUCUGCAACUACAAGGUGGAGAGGAAAGACGAAGAUUCAGAAGUUGAGCGCUGGGGAGAACGUACAGCAUCAGUAGACAUAUCAGAUGAAGCACUGGACCGUAUAGAGGCCGGGGCCUAUGAGCGCCACCAGAUGGAGCGACGCCGUCUUCAGGCCAAGCAGCAGCACUCUGAGAGGCGUAAGGCGUGGCUGAGGAAGAACCAGGCCCUGCUGAGGGUGUUUCUGUCCUACUGCAGCCUUCACGGAGCAAAGGGAGGUGGAGUUACAUCUGUUCGCAUGGAGCUUCUGUUCCUCCUGCAGGAGAGCCAGCAGGAGACAACAGUGAAGCAGCUGCAGUCUCCUCUUCCUCUACCCACUACUCUGCCGCUGCUGUCGGCUUGCAUCGCCCCCACCAAGACCGUCAUAGCCAAUCCCGUCCUCCACCUCAGCAACCACAUACACGACAUCCUUCACACCAUCACCCUCAUGGACACCCCACCGCAUCCUGACAUCAUGGACGACCGGGUGAGCUCUCUGCACACGCUAGCAGCUUCCCUGUCUGCUUGCGUCUAUCAAGCGCUGUGCGACAGCCACAGCUACAGCAGCCAAACAGAGGCCAACCAGUUUACCGGGAUGGUGUACCAGGGGCUGUUGCUCAGCGAGAGGAAACGACUCCGUACGGAAAGCAUUGAAGAACAUAUAACUCCCAACUCUGCUCCCGCACAGUGGCCAGGUGUGUCGUCCCUGAUUUCUCUGUUGACAUCUGCGAGGGAGGAGGACCAGCCGAGGCUCAACGUGCUGCUGUGUGAAGCGGUCGUGGCCGUUUAUCUCGCGUUGCUUAUCCACGGCCUGGGCACUCACAGCGGCAAUGAGCUGUUCCGCCUCGCAGCCCACCCCCUCAAUAACCGCAUGUGGGCCGCUGUCUUUGGAGGAGGGGCCAAGGUCAUUAUUAAGCCAAAGAGGCCUGAGCUCCCACCAGCAACAGCUGGGCCUAGCAAGGAGUGUUCAGAGACCAAGGCUGAGCAGCCCUCUCAGGCUAAAUCUGAAUCUGAGACUAAACCAGAGAUAGUCACCCAGGAUAAUGGUGCAGUGACUCCCCCUCAACCCCCAGCGGAGGACGUUGACCGAUACAGGCGUAGAUUCAACAUGAGGAUGCUGGUUCCCGGACGCCCUGUGAAGGAGACGCCCGCCACCCCGCCUCCUGUUCCCACAGAGCGACCCGCCUACAGGGAGAAAUUCAUCCCUCCAGAGCUGAGCAUGUGGGACUACUUUGUGGCCAAACCUUUCCUGCCGUUGUCCGAUAGCAGCGCUCUGUACGACUCGGACGAAAGCGGUGCGGAGGACGAUGAGGAUGACGAUGACGCCUUCCUUUCUGACACACAGAUGACGGAGCACUCUGACCCCAACUCCUACAGCUGGGCUCUGAUCCGCCUGGUCGUGGUGACUCUGGCUCAUAACAACGUCAAGAACUUCAUCCCUCUCACCGGCCUCGACUUCACAGACCUGCCAGUCACUUCCCCCCUCACCAACGCCGUGUUAAAGACUCUGGAGAACUGGGAGCAGCUUCUGCUCGAGCGAAUGAAUAAAUUUGAUGGCCCGCCUCCCAACUACAUCAACACUUACCCUACUGACCUCAGCGCAGGCGGUGGCCCUGCCAUACUGCGACACAAGGCCAUGCUGGAGCCAGACAACACGCCCUUCAAGACAAAGAACCACCAGUCAUUUCCAGUCCGUCGUCUUUGGCAUUUCCUGGUCAAACAGGAAGUCCUCCAGGAGACUUUGAUCCGUUACAUCUUCACUAAGAAGAGGAAGCAGUGCGAGUCUGUAGAGAACCAUAUGGACCGUAUAAGCCCACACUGCAUAGCAGGAGCUAGCAGUCCCUAUAAGGUGGAGGCAGAUCUGGGCUACCCGGGGGGAAAGGCCAAAAUCAUUCACAAGGAGUCUGAUAUAAUCAUGGCAUUCGCCAUCAAUAAGGCUAACUCCAACGAGAUAGUGUUGGCCUCCACUCACGAUGUCCAGGAGGUGGACGUGUCCACUCUAGUAGCUGUCCAGCCCUACACCUGGAUAGGAGAUGACUUUGACAAGGAGUCUCGCAGCUCUGACGACAUAGACCAUCGUUCCUCUCAUACCAACAUCGCCCAGGCCAGCUCCGUCCCCUUUGCACCGCCGCAGAUGGCGGUCUCUGCAUCAAUGCCCUGGCUCGGUAGUGGUCAGACCAGCAUGGGAGCCAGUGUGAUUAUGAAGAGGAAUCUAAAUAAUGUGAAGAGAAUGACGUCCCAUCCCAUAUAUCAGUAUUACAUGACCGGGGCUCAGGACGGCAGCGUGAGGAUGUUUGAGUGGAACAGACCCCAGCAGCUCAUUUGCUUCAGACAAGCAGGAAACGCUAGAGUCACCCGGCUCUAUUUCAACUCCCAGGGCAAUAAGUGUGGGGUCGCUGACGGAGAGGGCUUCCUCAGUCUCUGGCAGGUCAACCAGACGUCCUCCAACCCCAAACCGUACCUGAGCUGGCAGUGCCACACUAAGACCUGCGGUGAUUUCGCCUUCAUCACGUCCUCCAGCCUCAUCGCUACAGCCGGACAGUCCAAUGAUAAUAGAAAUGUUUGCCUGUGGGAUACUCUGAUUUCUCCUAGCAAUACCAUGGUCCACGCGUUCCCCUGCCACGAGAACGGGGCCACUGUGCUGCAGUACGCUCCUAAGCAGCAGCUGCUGAUUACUGGAGGCAGAAAGGGCUUCGUGUGCGUGUUUGACAUCCGCCAGAGGCAGCUGCUCCACACUUUCCAGGCCCAUGACUCAGCCAUAAAGGCCCUCGCACUGGAUGCCUUCGAGGACUUCUUCGUCACCGGGUCUGCUGAGGGCAACAUGAAGGUGUGGAAGUUAGCCGGCCACGGGCUCAUGCACUCUUUCAGCAACGAGCACGCCAAGCAGUCCAUCUUCCGCAACAUCGGCGCCGGCGUCAUGCAGGUGGAGACGCGGCCCGGAAAUCGCAUCUUCACCUGCGGAGCGGACGGCACCCUGAAGAUGAGGGUCCUGCCCGACCGCUACAACAUCCCCAGCGCCUUGGUGGACGCCCUGUAACGCCUACUUCCACCCCUGAGGUGUCCGAACAUGAAAGAGACGGGAAGAAGAAGAAGAAAAAGAGAAAAAAAAAAGAUUACGUGACACUCGUUAGGCAUAUAUAGUGUAACUGACGGGGGAAGAGUUAGUCAGAAGAUCACCACACUUUUGGCGUCUUUCAGAGUGUGCAGUGUUCAUGGGUUUACCCUCGAUGUAAAUCAUCCAGAAUGACAAACGGAGCUGCAAACCCCCCCCAUCCUCCUCCUCCUCCCCAACCCCACCGACUCCCCCUCCUUCCUCCACACAAAGGCUGAAAGCAAAGUUACAAGCAAAAGGUAUCAUACUUGAUUUUAAAGCUAGAUUUAUUGUAAUUUUAUUGAAGAAUCUCUACUCUUAGAGUGUGUCAAUAGGGAAGCUAUGCAUGUCCUGUUCUCGUUACGCGGUGCAAUCACAGGUCUAUUGAUAGUGCUCUGUAAAAGUGCUCAAGCAAAAAUUUUAAAAGUGUGUAACUGUCGUCAUUUUGUGCCCACUGCUGAAAAUCUCUUAGCAUCUACUGUAACCAGCACUGUGGUUUGUUAUUAAGUCAGUGGUUUCCAGUGUGAAUCAAGUUGUUGGAAUCUGCAUUUUGUUUCAAUGGUUUUAACCCCCCUCACACCCCUCUCCAUCCCCUCUGCUCCCCUGUUGCCUUUUUGCCCGGCUUUUCUCAGCCCUUAUGAAAGAGUUGAUGGUGCGUUGCUCCUAAUAGUGACUCCCACCCCCCCCCACACUUGUCCCCUAUAUUUCACUGGCUGCCCGUCACCCACUCCGGCCUCUCGCGGUUUCGGGGUUCGACCCCUCACCGGUCUGGUCCUGGAGUGCGUGUCCACUCUGCUGUGUCCUCCAUCCGUACGCCUGCCCGCCCACCUGCCCUCAAAUGCCUGUUUGUGUGGCAGACUCACUGCUAGAACAUUCCUGUUUGGAAGAUGAUGUGUUUUACUCCUGUGACUGUGAUUUCAAUGUUUUCCAUCUGUCUGGUCCAAAGCUAAGCACCCACCCAGAGCAGAAACACAAAGAUUCACUUCUGGUUUUUGCACAAGAAAGUCUUGAAUUUGUGUGUUUUUUUUGUUUUGUUUAGUCUUUUUUAAUUAAGUUGAUUUUAUUAUUUAAAUUAUUUAUAGCUUUGUGUUUGUUUGUUUGUUUGGUUGACCAUUCCUUUGUACAACUAUUUAACUUAUUGCCUUUUAUUUUAGGAAUGUGAGGGGUUUUACUGUAUCUGACUGGGAGAUGUGCAACACAGUCUACUGUAUGUAAGUGUGAGUUACCUCGCUAGUUGUUUUUACUGUUUUCAUCCAUAAGGAAUAGAUAUUUGCACUCAAAUCCUGGAGACACUAAAAAGUUUAUUUCGAAUAAGUAGGUUAUCGAAGAAGAAACUGUUAUAUACAAAUGAAUGUCUGGCUUUAUUUGGCCUAGUAGUAAAACGUUUGAAAUAGUUUUAAUAUAUAUAAAUUAUAUAAAUAUAAAUAUAUAUAAAUAUAUAUAUAUGAACUACCACAACAGCUUGUACAAACAUGAAAGCAUUUCUUUAUUUUUGGUUUGUAUCAUACCAGUUGGAUUAGUUGUAACUUUUGUUAAGUGUAUGUAUGGUAUUUAUUAAAGAGAUUUGUGUUUCUCUCCCUCUUUCUGCCCACUAUGUGUACUGUAUGUAUCUUAAAUGUUUUACCGAUGGUACUGCUGGUGUCCGGUGUGUGUGUGUUUGAGUGUGUGUGUGCGCGCGCAUGUACUAAUGCAAAAAGAAGCUAAUAUCGUGGGUAGACUCUUCCGAGGGCGCUUGAGCCUGAGGGUGUGUGUGUGAGAGAAAGCGGGUCGUGGCCAGUUUUACCUUUGUAAAGUGAAUAAAUCCAUUUUUAUUUCA